UGCUCGUCGCCUCGGACCGGCCGGCCGCCUCCGUCGCCGUCGCCUCAGCCGCCGCCGCCGCCGACGGGCUCUUGCUUUGGGCUUCCACCGACUUCCCGUUCGCGUUUCGCCUCUGUUCUCGCUGAGCUCCAACCGCAGUGAGCUGCGGUCGUGAAUCUUAUCCGAACUUGAGCGCUUAGUUGUCAAGUUGGAUAAGGACGGUCGGAUCCCUUCAACUUCCUGUUGAUUAUCUCUCUGAGGACGCCGGUUUCUCUUCUUCCUUGUGAAUCGAAAACCCUAACACGAUGCCGGCGCCACCGUCGUCGGUGCAGCUUCUCACACCGGAGACGCUGCUGGCUUCCGGCAAGGGCUCCGAGCGACUGAGCCUGCCGACAUUGCAAUCAAAGAUGAAGUGCGACCCCGAAGGCUAUGAAUCCGAGCUUGUCCUCCUCCGUCGCCACUUCGGCUCCUCUCUCCAGCUUUUCCGACAGCAAUCGACCCUUGCUCCUUCCACUGAUCCUGCGGUCGUGAAAGACCUUGGUGAUUUUGCUAUGUUCCUUGCCCACGUCUCCCCCUUGUACCCUUCCCACCUCGCUGAUUUCCCUGGUGAGCUUAUUGAUUUUCUUCGUUCUGAUGCUGGUUCGCUGCCUUCGUCUCUUCGGUGUCAUCUUGUGCAGGCUCUCAUUCUUCUCGUCAAUAGAAAGUUAGUUACUAUUGAAGAAACUCUUGAACUGUUUAUGGCCCUGCAAAUUCUUGGUGAUCGAACUAUGCGGAAAAUGGCUUUUGCCCAUGUUGUUCAUAGCAUCCGAAGAAUGAACCAGAAACAUAAAAAUGAAGCCAACAAUCGGAAACUGCAAAACAUCUUAUUUUUGAUGCUACAGGAGGAGGAUGAAGCAAGGGCUAAAAGGUCUCUUGUUGUUCUUUCUGAUCUUCACCGACGCAGGGUGUGGUUUGAUGAUCGGACAGCUAAUGCCAUUUGCACUGCAUGUUUUCACUCAUCAUCUAGGAUUUUGAUAUCUGCUCUUUCAUUCUUGCUUGGUUAUGAACAAGUUGAAGAAGAGGAUGAUAGUGAUAAUUCCAGUAGUGAAGAUGACACAACUAAUCAAACUGCCCAGAUUAUUCUCAGUAGAGAAGCUGUUUACAAGGCACAUCGCAAAGGCACUACUUCCAGCAAGAAAAAGAAGAAGGCGAAGUUGCAGCGUGUUGCUCGCAGCAUGAAAAAGCAGCAACGCAUUUCAUCAGAGAAUAACAAUUCAAAUUGGUAUUCUCCACUUGCUCAUCUACAAGAUGCACAGGGUUUUGUAGAUAAAUUGUUCUCUCGUCUUCAGAAAUGCAAUGAACGGUUUGAGGUUAAGAUGAUGAUGUUGAAAGUAAUCGCUAGAACUGUGGGGAUGCAUCGAUUAAUCCUUCUAAAUUUCUACCCAUUUCUUCAAAAAUACAUUAAGGCUCAUCAACGUGAUGUCACAACUCUGCUUGCUGCAGCAGUGCAGGCUUGCCAUGAUAUGGUGCCUCCUGAUGCGAUUGAACCAUUGUUCAGACAAAUAGUAGAUCAAUUUGUUCAUGAUCGUUCUCGUACAGAGGCAAUUGCUGUUGGACUGAAUGUUGUAAGGGAGAUCUGCCUGCGAAUGCCUUUGUUAAUGAAUGAAGACCUUCUUCAAGAUCUUGUCCUGUACAAGAAGUCGCAUGAAAAAGCAAUUUCAACCGCUGCUCGCUCCUUGAUCAUGCUAUUCAGAGAGAUCUGUCCUUCUCUAUUGGUUAAAAAAGACAGGGGCCGGCCUACUAACCCAAAAGCAAAGCCAAAAGCAUUUGGAGAAGUCAACAUAGAAACCAGUGUCCCUGGUCUUGAGUUGCUACAAAAUGAUGGUAACUCGAUGCCUGAAAGUUCAGAUGAUGAACUUAAUAGUUAUGAUGAUGAAGAUGACCUGCCACAGUCAAAUCUUGAUUCUGGUCAUGAUAAUGAGGCUUUCUAUGAGUCAAAAGAAGAUAGUUGUAGGAGUGAAGAUGAUGAGGAAGACCAAGCUGCAGUUUCAGAUGAAGAAGAAGAUGAUGAUGACACAGAUACCCUAGGGGACAGCUGUAAGGGUUUGGGACCACGAAGCUGUGACAAUAACCAUGGUAUUAUUAGUGAUGACAGUGACAGUGAUGAUGACAUGGAUGAUGAUGAUUCUGAUGAGGACACUGAUGAAGAAGAAUCAGCUCAAAAAUCACUUGCACAAACGGCAGACGUUGAGGAAGAUGUUGAAGAAGCAGCAAAUGAUGAGGAUGAGGAUGACAUGAAGAAGGCUAAAACACUGAAAAGGAAGUUUGUUGAUUAUGCUGGGAAACCAAAUGAGACCAGUCUUCGGGCUUUGAAGAGAUUGGCAGGAUCCAACAUGUCACCAAUUCCUUCAGUAGAUGACAAAGAAAUUCUUUCUAAUGAAGACUUUCAACGGAUUAAAGAGUUAAAGGCGAAGAAAGAAGCAAAGCUUGCUUUGUCUCGACAAGGUCUUCUGCGGAAGGGGUCAGACCCAAAGCUAUCUGCUCUCAAGCUUCCAUCAGCUGAACAACUGAGUUUAAAGUGGGUGGAUCCAGCUAAGCUUGAGAUUCAUGUAAAAAGAAAACUUAGCAAGGAGGAGAGACUUGCAUUAGUUAAAGCCGGAAGGGAAGAUAGAGUGAAGUACCAGGCCCGAACUGCAACUAAGCAAAAUAAGACGGGUGGACUUAGCAAUCGUCAGAAGGAACACAAAAAGGCGAUGCCUCUCGCUGCCAAACGUGCAAAGGUAGCUCGUUCUCGCCAUGAGAAGAGGAAGAAGCAAAAUAGAUCCGGCAAACAGUUCCGGGGAAAGAAAGCCUGGAAGUGAGACAACUACAACAAUGUUGUUUUCACCAAGUUUUGAAGAGGCUAAUUUUGUUUUCCUUUUUUUUUUUAAAUGUUUUUGCGUUGUUGUUUGAACCCACAUGGCUGUAAUCCAUAUGUAAUUUUUACUGUUGUUAUUCUUAGUGAAUAGCAUUAUAUUAUGAAAGAAUUACUACUCAAUACGUGGAUUGUUACAAACUAAUGAAAGACAAUGUUUUGAUCUGUCAA